AGCGUGCUUUAGCGCAUCUGGAUAUUAGGAGCUUCAUCAUGGCCAACAGCUACGUUAAGCCGAAGGAGAAAACGUUGCAAAACCUACGAGAUAUUGCUAAUCGCCUUCGGAUUCACUCUAUUCGGGCAACUUGCGCUUCGAACUCCGGACACCCAACAUCAUGUUGCAGUGCUGCAGAGAUCAUGUCUGUGUUGUUCUUUCAUACCAUGCACUACAGGCCAAAUGAACCAGGCCACCCCAGCAAUGACCGCUUUGUGCUCUCUAAGGGCCAUGCUGCACCUAUACUUUAUGCUGCAUGGGCAGAAGUAGGUUUUAUCAAGGAACCUGAGCUGCUAAAUUUGAGGAAAAUAGACUCUGAUCUGGAAGGUCACCCAACUCCUAGACUUCCUUUUGUGGAUGUGGCCACUGGUUCCUUGGGGCAGGGUCUGGGAGCUGCCUGUGGAAUGGCCUAUACAGGGAAAUACUUUGAUAAAACAAGUUACCGAAUUUACUGCCUACUGGGUGAUGGUGAAUUCUCUGAGGGAUCAGUAUGGGAAGCUCUACAAUUUGGCUCUCAUUAUCAAUUGGAUAAUCUAGUGGCCAUUAUUGAUGUGAACCGUCUGGGACAAAGUGAAGCAGCACCACUGGGUCAUGAUACAGAUGUUUAUCACAAGCGCUGUGAAGCCUUUGGAUGGAAUACCUAUGUUGUGGAUGGUCAUGAUAUGGAGGAACUAUGCCAGGCUUUGUGGCAAGCAAGUCAACAGAAGGGGAAGCCCACCAUGAUUGUGGCCAAGACUUUCAAAGGACGGGGAAUCCCAGAUGUGGAGAAUGCAGACAAUUGGCAUGGAAAGCCCAUUCCAAAAGACAAAGUGGAAUCUGUUAUUUCUACCAUUCAGAGUCAAAUCCAGACUAGUGAUGUUUGUACUAUCCAGCCACCUGCUCAAGAUGUGCCACCAGUCAAUACUGUGGAUAUCAAAAUGCCUUCUUUACCUACCUAUAAUAUAGGAGAAAAGGUGGCUACCCGCAAAGCCUAUGGUUUAGCUCUGGUAAAACUGGGAAACACUAACAAGCAUGUGGUUGUUUUGGAUGGUGACACUAAAAACUCCACUUUUGCUGAGCUUUUCAAACAGGCCCAUCCAGAACGCUAUAUAGAAUGUUACAUUGCUGAGCAGAACAUGGUGAGUGUCGCUGUGGGCUGUGCUGCUAGGAACCGCACCAUUGCAUUUGCCAGCACCUUUGCUGCCUUUUUCACUCGAGCAUUUGACCAUAUCCGGAUGGCUGCUAUCUCCCAAUCAAACAUUAAACUUUGUGGGUCACACAGUGGGGUUUCUAUAGGAGAAGAUGGGCCCUCUCAGAUGGCUUUGGAAGAUCUAGCCAUGUUCAGAACUAUUCCAGGUUGUACUGUGUUUUACCCAAGUGAUGCAGUCUCCACGGAGUAUGCUGUUUCUUUGGCAGCAAACACCAAGGGAAUAUGCUUCAUUCGUACUAGUCGUCCAGAAACUCCUAUCCUGUAUUCUCAGGAAGAAAAUUUUGAGAUUGGCCAUGCCAAGGUAGUCCGUAUAAAUGAUGCUGACAGAGUAGUUGUUAUUGGAGCAGGUGUCACACUUCAUGAAGCCCUUUCAGCUGCUGAUGAACUAGCCAAACAAGGAAUCUAUAUCAGGGUAAUUGAUCCAUUUACAAUCAAACCUUUGGAUGCUGAUACCAUCAUUUCCAAUGCCAGAGCCACUGGGGGGCAUAUCAUUACAGUUGAGGAUCAUUACAAAGAAGGUGGUAUUGGUGAAGCUGUGGCUGCAGCUGUCUCCGGAGAACCUGGUAUUUUAGUCCAAAGUCUAGCUGUGUCAGGUGUGCCUCGGAGUGGAAAACCUGCUGAGCUCUUAGAUCUCUUUGGGAUCAGUGCAAAACACAUAAUAACAGCUGUGAAGAGCACCUUUGCCAAUUGAUUUGACAGGAAUGAAGGAAAGAAGGGUUAUGAAAUUAUGAAAAUGGAUUCUGAAGAGCAGGGGGACAACUGUUUAGUUCUUUAAGUAGCCAACCAAAAGUAACCACUUAUGAUCCCCAAACAUGCAUUUUUAACUUUUAAUUUGACAAUUGCAGUUAAUAUUAAUUUCAUGGGUUUUUGACAAGAUUCUGAGUGCAAAUAAGCUUAAAUUGUUUUGUAACAGAGUUCUCAUCCCAUCAGUAUGUCAUUCCUUCUAAUUUUUAUCUGUAAUUGCAUAUUAAUUGGAUCUGACUAUUCCACAUGGACCAAUAACGCUCAUCUUAUUGGAGUUUAUGAUUACCUUUUCUUGUGCUUGAUUCCUAACCUACUUGACUCUCUCCUCUUCAGCCUGACAUUCCAAAAUUGAGCUGGGUAGAUUUUCUAUGAGCUAUUUCCUGCCUGAAAGAGUUAAUGCAUAAUUAGUUUUUAUUGAACAAAAAUGCAAAUAUGGGAAUGUAAUCAUCUAAAUUCUUCAAAUAUAUAUUACUAAUGGUACUGGCUUAAGAUUUCUGAUAUAAAUAUUAAGUAUGGAAUGGUUCUAAGGAGAUGCAGGCUUAAGUCCAGCUUCCUCUACAGCAGCUCGCAAUGGUUUGGGUCCAUUCAUACUCUCAAAAAACCUACCUCACAAGUUGUGGGGGAAAAUGGAAACAGGAAGCUGUUUAUAUGCUUGCUAUGAGUUCCUGAAGGAAAGGAGGAUAUUAACUUAACAAAUAAGUAGACUUAAAUGUGAACAAGAUAAUGUUUCUGUAUUACAUGUGCUUUUACUGCCAUCAAGCAAAUCAAUAAA